CCCCUCUUGUUAUGCAAAUUCAAUUACAUUUAACAGACGCUGACGCACAAUAACACUACCAUUCAGUAGCGCAGAGACACAAACCCAAGCAGAGAAAAUUUAAUCUAGAACUCAUAUUUAUUCACGCUGUUGUUACCCAUAACUGCAGCGUCACACAGUUGGUCGGGAUAGAUCAGUGAAGAAGCAACGGGAGGUAUUUCCUUUCACUUGAGAAAGAAAAGCGGACAGCACACGGACAGACAGAGACACCGGCGCGCUUGCUUCUGACGUGACGGCGACCGGCUUCAGUUAUUCGAACCCUCAUUCAUCUCGCUUAUGGGCGCAACACAGACCGAGCCAACCCUGAAGUUGGGUAAGCUGGAAAUGGCACGCCAGAGGCUGCUACAGCGUUAUGAGCACCAGCCCUUUGUCUCCUGUCUAGCUGGACUCUACGGCUGCCAGUGGAGGCGUUACCAGCUCACACAUGCUCAGCCUGGACACUGCUGCUGCUCUAAGCUGGAGUGUGGCAGUUUUGCUCUGAUCGUUCUGACAUUUUGUCUCAGUCUGGUGUUCCUGUACUUCUGGAGUGAAGCACAGAAUGACUACAAUGACUUUGACUGGUUUAAUUUUGGUAAUCUGGGUUUCUGGUUUCCAUGGUCCAUAGUUUUGUUGAUUCUUGCUGUUUUUUUGUUCACUUAUGUUGCUGUUCUGCUGCUGCUGGCAGUUUGUCUUCUCUCAGAAGGCCAGAGAUUAUAUUUACACUGGUGUCACAAGAUCGGGAUCUCAGUGACUGUGAUUCUCUCCAUUGUGGCCUCAUCUAUUCUCACAGAUUUAUGGAGCAAGGAGUGGAUGACUGUACUUUUAUCUUUUCAGGUAACUGCUCCAUAUCUACACAUAGGUGGUGUAGUUUUAAUGACUCUAUUAUCUUGGCCAAUAGCCUUGCAUGUCUUCCGUAUCAAUAUGAGAGUGAGAGGGAUGUCCAUCAUUGUGCUGUACAUAACUGUUCUAGUGACUCUGUUCUUGGUUCCUCUGGGCAUGUACUCCCCCUGCAUUAAAGAGAGGAGCAAUCUGGGAUCAGCUCCUGCUUUAAUUGGACACAGGGGAGCACCAAUGCUUGCCCCUGAAAACACCUUCAUGUCUUUUGAGAAGGCAUUGGCAGCUGGAGCUGAUGGUCUGGAGACUGAUGUAACUAUCAGUUAUGAUGGAGUUCCUUUCCUCAUGCACGAUAAGAACCUACGCAGGACAACUAAUGUAAAAGACGUGUUCCCAAACUGGACACACACCUCACCUGCCAUGUUUACGUGGAGAGAACUGCAGAGUCUCAAUGCUGGAUCCUGGUUCUUCUCUCAAGACCCCUUUGGAACAGCUUCAUCUCUGAGCCCAGAUGAGCAAUUGCAAGCUCAGAAUCAGUCUGUAUGCACACUGAGGGACUUCCUGGAUCUGGCUGCUCAACAUGGGAAACUAGUGAUCUUUGAUCUGUAUCGGCCGCCCAGGGGUCACCCUUAUAGAGAUGCCUGGAUAUCCCGCACCCUAGACGUCAUCCAAAACGAGUCAUCCAUUCACUCCAGUCAGGUGUUGUGGUUGCCUCCAGAGCUCAGAGAGUUUGUACAAGAAAUCGACCCAGAGUUACAGCAGACAACAGCUGAACUAGCACCAGUGGAGGACCUUCAGCUCAGACACAUAUCCAGACUCAACAUCCAUUACAGCUCCAUGUCAGAGAAAGAAAUCAGAAAAUACGCUGCUGCUAACAUCAGCACCAACCUGUAUGUGAUCAGCGAGCCGUGGCUGUAUUCUCUUGCCUGGUGCGCAGGGGCUCAUUCUGUCGCCACUAAUGCCGUUCACAUCCUCAAGAACCUGCAAAGACCGCUCUUUCUCAUGACACCGGAUGAGUACAGGCUUAUGUGGACUCUUACUGACAUCACUUCCCUUAUUCUUGUCGUGAUUAUCUUUGUGUUUCACUGGUGGAGGGAGCGUGGGUUGGCUCUCAGUGUGGACAGCAGUUCAGUAAUUGAGAGUGGGUCCUACAGACAGUUCAGGACAGAGAUGAGUGAUGUGUGGUCUUUAUCCAACAUGAGUGCCUCUGACAAGCAAGAACCAUCUCUUUGAAGUGCCUGAUGAAAUGUUCUGGUUCAUAUUUAACCCCUUAUAUAUAUAUAUAAAAAAAAAAAAACUGUAACUGAUGUUCAGUUAAGCCAGUAUAAACCACUGUUUAUGUGGUACAUUGAAAUCACCCUUACAGUUUAUAAAUUGUAAGUGUUUGAUCACUAAAUGACAGACAAGCAGGCUGUCUUCAUGUGAUAUGAUGGGAUACAUACAGUUAACAAAUGCUUAGUUCUAGUGACUAAUCUUGCACCUCAUUUGAAUUAUGGCCUUUUGCAAGUCCCAGGUUUUAUCAAUGCUACUGUAAAGGUUUCCAUUUCAAGCAUGAAUGGAAAUAUUUAUCAUGUCGAUGAAACUGAUGUUUCCUUCACUGAGAUAUUGGUGGAUCCAUUGGUUUUGUUUAAUCUCAAGUGGUAUUUAAAAUACAUGUCAUGGUUUUGGCUGAAUCAUUACUCCUAGACAAUAAAUAGUGUAAGAAUCCAAGAGGUCAUAAAUCAUUUUUAUGCUAACGUUUCGUCCUUUUUG